UUUAUGACCAUGAUAUUUUUACGCCAUGGUCAACCAAAUCACCUGCAAAACCUGGAAAAGGUUGGACUUUAUUUUUCGACUUGUAUAUAAUGCAGUUGCAAACCAAAUUGGGAUAAAUUUGGAUUUUGUACCUUAUUAAGAAUGGGACUAACACAGCAUGAUUGAUUUGAGUAGCCUUGCCUUAGCAGGAUAUUUGGGCUGAUUCCUUUUCUGGACGAGUCUUUGAGAAUUCCUGGAAUCUGGGGAGAGUAAGGGAGAGUAUGGAGCCUUCCCUAUACAUCAGGAAAUCCUGUUUUGCUAAGAACCUGGCCAAAGCCUUGGUGGUGUCAACUCCAAAGACAGAUCCAGUUUUCUUGCAGUUACUGCAUGAGAUUCUCUGAAGAAUUGUGGCUAUAUGCCACGAUGUUUAACAAGAAGCUCCUUUAUGACAUCACCAGGCAGGUAGCUAAGGGGACUAUUUGAGAACAACAGCGACUUUUGUGGGAAUGCAAGAACAGCAGCUUUUAAAACUGAGGGUAAACAUUCAGGCUUAUUAGGACCCUGGAUACAAGCCAGCCGGUAACAUAUGGGUUCUAACCAGAAGGGCAGCAUCUAUCAAGUGCUUAAGAUGAAUAAAACUGGGCCCAAGGUAAUGGUUUCACCACAGAGAGGGGCUGAGAUUACUAACACUGUCCCUCAGCGGGGACAUGGGACUUUGUCAACCCAGCGAAGUCGUGCGGUCUCCGUCAGCCCUUCUACCCAUCAAAGAUCAGAAGCUCGGCAUUCUGCCAUACCCCCUUCAUCAUCAUCAGAGUAUCCUCGCUCUAUCUCCUUCCAAGUAGGACCCAGCUCCUCUGGAGGAGCACCCAUCCCUAGAGCAACUGAGAGCCGAUCAAAAUCAGAAGCUUACCGCCAUUCCUCUCUUCAGCGAAAGAUCCAGCAAACUCAGACACCAUUUCCCCAUGCUGUUCAGAUGCAGCAGAAUAUUAGUCAACCCAGAGAAGAAGCAACACGAAGAAGGGGUGAGAGCAAGUCAGGGCGUGACAGUAAUGCUUAUUCAUUAGCCUCAGAUUCCAGACCCUUUCGCCACUUGAGUUUUGCAGACCAGAAGGAUAAUGCACAAAUCUUACAAGAAGACCCACCCUCCAAGGUCCUGUACCCACAAGGAGUCAGAGUUCCUCGGCGGUCUAUGGUUUCUCCAAAGGAUAAAGCAGUCCAAACUGAACCCAUCCGAAAGAGUGUGACUGCUGCUGAGAUCAAAUCUAUAAGGAGAUCCUUUAGUCCAGAACAUGGCAACAAACACAUCUUUGCAGACUCUCGAACAACCCAGAGAAGGAUCCCUGGCCAAGAGUCUGAAACAGGUCGUCACAGUUCAGUUUAUACAGAACCCAAGGCGUUGCAUAGGAACAAGAACUUGGAAUCGUCCCUCACACUCUCUGUCCUUAAAGAUAUAGAUGGUGGACACCAAGUUUCUGUGCAUACAGAGCUUGAGCCUACCCUCAAGCAUUCUGCCUGCACUGAACCCAAGCCCCCGCUAAAAGUCUUAGUAUCAUCAGAAGUGGAGUCCAGCAUAAAGACCCCAGUGCGAGGAGAUGGCACAGUUGGCCGCAGAGUCACUAUCAGCUCAGGACCACAGUCAAUACAGGCAGCUCCCCGUGUGACAUCUCGGGCAGGAUCAGAGAGCCCCCAAAGAGCUUCCAUGUUUACUAUUCCCGAGCCUGUCUAUAAGCAGCACACCCAGAGAGCCUCAGAAAGUGUCUCCAUGUCCCCACUACCCAGACUCAAGCAUUCAGAACCUUCCUCAAAUCCCUCUUUUCAUACCAAAGUGGAACUGACCCCUCGGCCCUUACCCCCUCGUUCCAUACCUAAGUAUGGGCCUGAGUCCUCAUGGUGGGCCUUACUCAAUACUGAAGUUGAAAUGCCCCAAAGCCAAUCAACAACACCUGAUUUCGAGGUUGACUCCUCCCCUCUCAUAGACUAUUCAUUGUUCUCUUUUGAAAUGGACUCAAACCCUUGCUGUGAGGAUCUGAUGUUCCAGAGAGAGAAGGCAAGUGCAUCACCACCACCACCACCAGCGACACCACCACCACCACCAUCACCACCACCACCACCACUACAAUUACUAAAGGAGCCUCCAGGCCGGGCACCAUUGAGAGGAGUGCCGCAGGCCCCCAAGCACACCUCCAAACAACCCAUUCAAAGGUUUAGUGCUUUCUUCUUGGAUGUCUCUGAGGAAAUGUACAAUCGUGUCAUCUGGUGGCUAAAAGGUCUGUGCUUUCCCCUCCCGUGGGCCCACUGCGGGGGUCUGGGUGGCUGGAGGACAGGUGGUAGGGUAGCCUCGAUGUAUGCAGAGCUAGGUCUUUUAGGACACUGCUCAUGCUAGGAUUUUGACUUGAAGGAGCAGAGGAACUUAUCUUGCCUAAAAUUCUACCAUUAAUUAUUCCUUCUGGACCUGGAACCCUUUUUAUCUUCAAGAAUCUCUUUUUAUUUUAAGACUGUUUUUAAUGGGAAGUAGUCACUUCUGGAAUGGAGAACAGUGGAAACCUGUGGCCUGUCAGCCUGAUCUUACCUAUCGAGAGAUAAACAAACCCCAGCAAAACAAAUUACUUGCUUCACAGUCUUACUCAGGGCUAAGCCCACACUAAUUCAGGUUGAGGGAUCUCCUUGUGUGUCUCUCUGGUUCCUCAGAGCCCUCCUUAUACCCUGGUUCCAGGACCUGGGAGGUACUUAUUGGCUGCUGCUCAGCAGGAUUUCCAGGAAUGUCUGGGCCUCUUCCUUGAGGCCCUGCAGUCAACUCAAAAGUCCUUAAGAGUAGUGUCUUCAGGGCUUGGUGACCCCCUGACUCCCCUUGUAUCUUGACUACUAUGGUGGGAGGGAAGGUAAGGACCAGCCCUUAUAUGUGGGUCUUAGUGGCAAGGAGUUCCUAUUUCACGCACUAUGGUCCAAAAUAUGAUUCAGCCCUGAGAGCAUGAGGGAGGCCAGGGCUCUGGGUAAGGAAAUUCCUAAGGAGGAGAGAGCCCUGGGAAUGCAA